AUGGGGAGUCCCCAAAUGAGCGAAAUUCACACAAAGAGUUUCAAUGAAAGGCCGAAAAAAAAGGAUGCACGUGGUGAGAGAGAAACAAAAACAGUGAUGAGACAGUUCUUCCUACCCGAAGGAGGAAAUUAUUUUCCACACGAUGAACUAGACAAGUCUGCAAAUCUUUCCUCGCGCGGGUGUACAGGCGAACAAUCACUGAAGGACGAACAAACGACGCGACUGUCUGAUCGAGUUAAAUGUACGCACCUCAGUGGUUUGUUUAAAAAAGGGAGGCAUAAAAUUAAUUCUUCAAACUAUGCAAAUGUAAAAGGGACUGCCCGGCCGGAUAAAUUCUGCACGUCGACAUGUUCGGAGGUCGAGGUGGAGGGAGACGAUCCGAUCGAACCAUUUGAUGAGGGCAGCACACCGUUUGGGGAUACAAACGACAGGGGAGGGUCAGCCAAUGGAAGGCAUCACCUUAGGGAAGAUAUACUCCGUGAUGGCCCACCUGCGGAAAAGCAAAAAAAUAUUUUUUGUGAAAGCCUUUUUUAUGGGCAACCCACCCAGGGGAGUAAACAACAUGAGAAAGGAGCAGAACAGUUGUCACCCCUACACAAGGGAAGAAGCGUCAGCGGAGGACUCACAGAUGAUGCUAGAACAAAGAGACCUCCUUCGACAAAAGAAAACAAGGAAACAUGUGUAACAUUAAUGAAUGGGAAAAGAAUCUCUUCGGUAAAAUUGAAGAAGCAAUCCAGUGAUGAGCUAACCGGUGUGUCAGAUGAAGUACCCAACAGGGACGAUAGAAACACUGUUUCACAUGGUGAAAUAAAACACAAAUUCAGCCUUAAUCAUAUUUAUAAUAACUACUUGAGGAGCAGGUCCAAAUGGCUUCGCGAGCUUCCACGGAAAAAUGCGUUCGGGCGUGCAGGGAGUCGUGGGUCGGGCCGAGCUCUUAAGAGAGAAGUGGGCACCCCCACAAGGUGGCCACGCGAUGGAUUAGGAAAAGGGCCAACUGGGCUGUCUACUGUGCUCACCGCUGACGGUGCAGGUGACCCCCCAACUGACCGCUCACCCACGAAGACAGCGAACACAGCGAACAGAAGCAUUCGCUUCCAAAAAAACAAACUGGUGAAGCUCUUUCGAGAAGGUUACAAUGUGUACGUGGAAAACCUUAAAGUAUGCCCCCGUGAGGAGAGGACCAAGCAUGUGCUGUCCAACUGCAACAGCGCCAAAAUUAAGGAGAGACCCAUCUUGAGUCUACCCACAGAACCCAUUCCCUUGAGUGAUUUGGAAAACCACAAAUAUAAGGCGAUGAAUAAUUUGCACGUGUUAAGAGCAAGCACAGAAAAGGAAGAUGUUCAUUUUUUAAAAUUCAAAAAUACAUGGUAUGAGCUUUUUUUCUAUACAAGCAGUGGUGGAAGCAAAAAUAGGGAAAGCCUAUACAACUACAUGCUGAUGAGGCUUAACUUCGAGCUGUUAGUUCAACCCAUAAAAGACAUUGUUGUGGUUGACCAGAACACAGAGUCUUUUACCUACCCCUACAUUUAUAACGCCUAUUUGAUUCCACCUGUGGAUGUGCACGACACGGAAAACGCGCUCCGCAUUCAGAAGGCCACAAGCGACCACGUGCUCAUAAAUAAUGGCUCCUGGGUCUUUUUCAAAAAGGAGGAGAAAGGGAAGGGCCAUAAGGGGACGCAGCGAGGGACGUCAACGGGAGCAGUAAAUGGUGUGGGCGGAAGCGCGAUAAGCGGUCGGCCAGCCAACUACUUUAUAAACAUGCGGAGAAACAGGUACUUCGUGGAUAAGUGCUCCUUCAGGUGCGCCAAGAAAAGUUACGUGGCCUCUUUAAAAAGUGUUCCUUCUGUCCCAGUUGAUCUGACCAAACGAGGAAUCGACUCUCCCUUGUGCGGACAAACCACACGGGGAAGCAUCACUCUUUCCAACGACAUUACCGCUGAGAAGGUGAAAAAGGCAAACACGCUGCCCGUUUGGGGGAAGAGCCCAACAGGACGGGUGGUAGGGAGGAGUGGUGAGAAGCCGGGCGACAGACACGACACCCAAGUCAAGGCGCGUCACAUGAAAAAUUUAAUUAAGAUGGAUUCACUGGAAAGGGGCACCACUGUGAGGGACGACACUAGGACGGACAAGUCUCACUCAGGACAGAGGAAUGUCACCCCGCCCAGCAACUCCCUGUUCGACUGUUCAUGCGUCUAUAUGACUCAUGUGAACAGCAACAUAGAACCCGUCUUUCCGUACACAUGUAAAAAUAUAUUUUUCCUCUUCCAGUAUUACUACAAUUAUUUGAACGGGGUGGUCAGCUCGCCAAACGAAGGGGGCAGCAAAAGGGCCACCUUCGCAGACGUCAACAAUUUUAAAAUACGCAACCUUAUGAACUGCAAGCUGUACGACUCCGUUUUCAGUGACGUGAAAAAAAAAAAUUUGGAAAAGGUAAAGGAAUACACAGAGGGGAGAAAGGGGUCCACACAAGUGCCCAUAUUUUUAUGGGUCAUUUUUGGAGGGAAAGAUAUGAAGUCCAUCGACUCACUAAACACCGUUUACAAAAUUCUCCGGUACGCCACAGAGAUACCUCCGUCUGAAUAUGUCACAUAUUUGGCUAAGCUAGAAAGGAGGAAAAUAAAAAAAAAUUUGCACACCAAGUGCAGCAAGAAGAAGGAAAGGGAAGAAGCGGCCUGUCCAAACCGGGGAGAACAACAGAAAGGAACACCAAAGAAGGACAUUCCACCUGAACAGGAACUUGACUCAGCAAAUGACUUCUUCCCCAAUGUAGCAAAUCACACUCAUGUCAACGAGCGAAACGAACUACACAGUGGACGCCCUACCAAGACAGGAAAGGAAAAGAACAAAUUGCCUCAAUUACCCUCAAAUAUCUUCUUCCACAAAAAUUUAUACAAAAACGUUACCGAAAUAUAUGACCGCAUUGUGGCGUACUACAAUGAGUAUGAAAAGAAGUGUGAUGCGUUUGGGCCUGACAACUAUACCCAUUUUUUGAACUACUACAGGGAAAGGGUGCGGGGUGGCGAGGAGGACAGCGAAGAAGGGGGGGACGGGCAGUGGGGGGGCGGCCAUCAUGGGAACAAUGUUCAGGGAGCGGGCGACAAAAUGGACGACAACGGGGACGAUAACGAGGAGGACAACCGGGACGACAACCAGGACGAUGCGUACGACUUCUUCAUAGAACGAAGCGACAGCGAAGCGGACGAGCUGUUCGACUUCAUUUCCUACCACAUGCAGGGAAGGAACCCUUCAUUUGAAAAAAGCGGGGGGGAAGUAAAAGCAGGCAAGCUGAAUUACACAGAUAUAUACGGGCCGCUAAUCUACAAGCAGACGAAGAAAAAAAAAAACCCAGUUAGGUAUGCCUUUUUGCUGCUGGACUACCCAGCGUAUAACAACAGCACGGGUCAUCCCUCACCCCUGACGUUCAAGACAAGUGCCAUGGCGGCGCUGAAGGAGGCCUUGAAGGAGUUGCGCAGGGGGGAUCACCCUAGUGGGGAAAGGGGGAAUAAAGGGGAAAGGGAAGAAGAAGAAAGCGGCGUCAGCAAUGUUGGCGAUACUAGCAACACUAGCGCCGCUGGCGUAUCCAUAAACAUCUUGGGCUAUUCUCUCGGGUGUUGCGUCGGCCUUCAGCUUCUGCUCGACAUUGCCAAGAGCCUCUACAACGACUUCUUCCAAGGGGAGAGCAAAAGGCCAUUUCACCGAAAAGAAAGGGAACCCAUUAGGGAACCCCCAAACGAGGAAAACGAUUUGUCCAUCAAGCUAAACAGUACGAGGAACCACAAAGUUAAUGAGUACGUGUAUGACGCACGGAAAAUAUUAACCUUUGGGGAUGUCUUUUUGAGUAGACCUUCUUCCUCAACCACUGAUCCGCAGUCAAGUACCCAAGGGGAAGAAGACAAAGACGACCAUCUGACAGACCAAAAGGUUAGAAAACAUGCCCCUUGUAAAACAAAUUCCUUCGCAGACUUAUACGAACGGAGAAGUAAUCACUACUGUGGCAGCGGUGACAACUAUCAACAAAGGAAUGAAGUGAAACUCGGGAUUCACAAAAAUGAAGGGUGCAAAAAUUUCCCCAAAAAGGUCAGCGUACAUGAAAGUCUGCAAAGUGUAAAGCAACGAAGGAAGGAGAUGGAAAAAAAAUUAAGUAGCGAAUUAAACAUAACUGUAGAUAGAGUCAUCCUAGUUGCACCAUUUACCAACACACAGAAAUUGGUGAAAAACAUUUUAAGAAAUAGUGUGCUGUUUUUACUUAGCUGGUUUGUCAUGAAUAAAAAAUGCCCCUAUGUCCACUGGGACAACAUCUCCGUGCUCAAAGAAUUUUUUAAAAUACUAUACGACUUAAAGGGAACAAAACAUUUAAGUAGCAUUUUUGCAAACUUGCAAAUUUAUUUUAUCCAUGGAGAGAAAGACACACUGGUCAAUUAUCAAAUGAGUUUGAAGCUAUAUAAACUUACACACACACUCACAUCAAAAUAUUCCUUACAUCAUGUUAAAGCUUUUUUAUAUAUUUUCAAGGAGGACUGUCAUUCGUCUAUCUUUAAUACUGAUGGGGAAAAUAAAAUUUUGCAAAUUAUUUUUAAGCCCCUCCGAUUGCACCCCUUCAGCACAACUAACAUACACAAAUUGCAUGUCAGUCUCUACAGAGACAUUUAUUUGUUGAAGACGGCCUACUUGCAGUACAUUUCUGGAGUGACGUAUAAAUUGGGUCGUGCGUGA